GCGACUUGUGGGGUGCCAGCCAGAAGAGUAACCCAUUCAUAUCGGUUGUUGUUGUUGCAUCGAUUUUCCCGUUUCGAUUCGCAGCUGAGCUAGUGUCAGUCAGUUUUUCAUCAUCUGCCUUUGUGGUUGGGAGUGUUUGGGUUGUUGUGGGAGAAAACAGGAGUUCAUCAGCAUUGUCGUUUUUCCACGUCGGCAGCUAUUGAAAAACCAUUGCUACUUCUGCGCACACAAAUUGCAAAAAGACUCAGAAAACUCAUAGUGAACAAAAAACAGAAUCAAAUUCCGAGAAAACCAAAACUGCAAUCGACAGUUCUUUGCCCUCUGCAGCUUCCCUCAAACCUGAUUAAAUUCCUCUGAAAAGGACUGCCGCACAAAUCACGAAAAGACUGAUCUCGUUUUUCCUUAUUUGACAUUGCUAAGAAGACAUUCGCGAAACUAUCACACAAUGGCUGGCGGUAUUUGUUGCGGUUGUAGUGGUUGUUUCUAAAACGACCGAGGGCACCAGCAGGCGAUAAUUUGGCAGCAGUUUCCCAUCGGGCGGAUCGACUUGGCAAUAUGAAGGGGCCAUCAGUAGCAGUUAGUGAUAGCAGCAGCAGCAGCACCAGCAGUCGCAGAAGUAUCGGAAAUACCAACCACAUCAGUCAACAACGGCAACAACUGCGCCCACAGCUGCGAGUCGUGAAGAACAGAAUACUUCCGGAUAGACACCAACAGCAGCAAGUUCAACACGUCCACCCGCUGCAUGAUCUGCAACAGCAUCGCCAUCAGAAGUGGCGCCAUCUGUUUCCGUUCCGUCGUUUAGCACCACCGCGCGAAGAACGGGUGCCACCAAUCUUGGCCAUCUUUUAGUGAUCUCACCGUUGGAUUAAUAAAAAAACCAAAAUGAAAACAAUCUAAUCUCAAAGAAGGAAGCACAAGUGCACCACACUAGUGCUCUAGGGUAUAGUGUAGUUUUGUUUUGAAGUUCUCGAGACGUAGUAGGCGCGCCUGGUAGGUUAUACGCUGUCUGUGGUGAUCGAAUGGUGCGAAACAAAAAGGACAAUGAAGAUGCGCGUGUUGUACUGUGAUGAUCCUUUGAAUCUAACUAGUUAGCCUCCGACGUGCCAAUCUGUAUCGCUCACAUCACACGCCUACCACGAUUGGUGACCAGUAGAAACAAAAAAAAAACGUUUUUCUACCUCUGGUGAAGAAAAGGCAACAAGUGCGGAGGAAAAUCAAAACAGCAUCACAUGUCUGUGUCGUGUAAAAACUUGUUGAUCGUGCAUUUCAAGACCGCAUUCGGACGUCCGUUUGUUGUCGCGCAAAAUUAAAAGCAACAAAAAAAUCCAAGCAAAUUAACUGUAAACUGGCAAAUUUAUUUUUUACGAGUGCCCCAAGAGCCGGCAUGUUAAACACGAUCCUCGACGCGCAUUAGUAUCCUUUUAAAAGAUGUAUUAGCAAUUGUGUUGUCUCGAUUUUUAAAUCCGGUUAAAUCGUCCUAUUCGUGAUCGGUUAGUGAAAAAAAAACUAACCCGGGACAGAACCCCUAAAAAAGCAUCACAUUACAAAAUUAAGUAACCGUGCAGUCUAGCCCGAUUCUCGGCCGCUUUCGCAAGCACUCUAGUCGUAGACCCGAGAUUAGACUAGCAGCACCACAAUAUGGCAGCCUGGCUGGAUCGCAACGGAAACCCUGAAGCUGCUGCUGCAGCAGCCGACGGCGAAGAAAACACUCGGGACGACGCAUCGGUUUGGAUCUUUGGUUACGGUAGCCUCUGCUGGUAUCCGGGUUUUGAGUACGAAAAGUGCAUCACCGGCUACAUACGUGGGUACGUGCGGCGUUUCUGGCAGGGUAAUACGACCCACCGAGGAACGGCUGAGAAGCCUGGACGUGUAGCAACAUUGAUCGAAGACCGAGAUGGCAUCACCUGGGGCUGUGCGUUUAAGGUGGUCGGUCAGCUAGCGCUGGAUUACCUGAAGCAGCGUGAAUGUACCCUCGGGGGAUACGCAACGGAUUACAUUCGAUUUUUUCCGCGCGUGGCCAGUGAAAAUUCCGGCUUCAGCGGAGAAGCCUUCCCAGCACUGGUGUACAUUGCCACUCCGAAAAAUGACCUUUGGAUCGGAGAGGAACCUUUGGUCCAAACGGCUCGCCAGAUUUCCGAAUGUCGUGGCCCGAGCGGACACAACGUGGAGUAUCUCAUCCGGUUGGCAAUUUUUAUGCGCGAAGAACUGCCAGGAGCCGCCGACGAGCAUCUGUUUGAGCUGGAAGGACUGGUGCGACGCUUUGUAGCCGAAGCCGGCCUGUCGAUGUUCAGCUUGCUGGGAUCCAAUCCUCGUCGCAUCCGGCGCGAUUCGCACGAAGAAGUACGGCGACACGUGUCCUUCGAGUACACUUCACGCGUACCGGAAAAGAAUCUCAGGUGCUUGCACAUCUAGUGGCUGGCUGAGUAUUAAACAUUACAGCGAUCGCUUUUUCACUACUUCACUAAUGGGCACAUUUAUUCCUUUUAUCUAUGAUAAUAUAACGCCACAUGACUCACAGAGCUGUUAAGAUUUAUUUAAGCUUUAAGUUUAGUAAGCGAAAAGAUGUAAUUGUUGUUCUUUUGUAUAAAUUCGAAUAAGUUAUAAAUACAGGUUUAAUAAGCAGUUCAAAUUACAUAUUAUAUCGAUAAGAAAAAUAUAUUGAAAAUUGCAAAUGUCUAUUGCAUAAAAGUAUACCCAUAGGGCUUUUGCAUAACAUUAAAUUCUGCCUCAUGUCACAGCUUGUUGCGUGCGGAAUCAACAGCUUAGCAUACCUCAUGAAAUAAUAAUUAUCAAUGUAU